AUGGCGCCGAAGCUGUGUUUGCGACGUAUUUACAGUUAUGGCGUUCCAUUAUUAUAUAGCGUUGAUUUCAGUUUCACUAAAAUAACGUUAAAUUAAAAUUAUACACUUAGUAAUUGCGAUGUUUCGCGCGUACCUAACGGCGUCCUUGAGAUCCGUGAAUAGGCGCCAAGUGUGUAAAUAAGUUUUACUUCGUAAAAAUAGCAUGGCGGGAAAAGUCCUGAUCCACGGACCGUGACUGAUCUUUAUUGAUUGAUUGGUAAAUUAUUUUUAGUGAGUAAAGAUGGUUGCGCAAAAAAAAGGCCGUGGCGCUAAGAAUCAGGCUACAAAGGCAAAGGCAGCUGCACAGGCAGUAGAAGAGCCAGUGGCGGAGGUCGAAGCUCAAGAGCCUAUGGAGGCGGCCGAUGAGAACAAUGGCGACACCGAGCAGGCUGAGCAUACAGACGAUGCUGCCGGGGGUGAUGCCGCAGCCGGCCAGCAAAGUGAACAAACCUCAGAGAACGCCGACGGGGAAGCUAAACCUGAAGAGAAAAAGGAAGAAAAAGUGGAAACUGGUAAACUACUUGUGGAAAAUCUUCCAUCAAGCUAUCUGUUUGAUUACCAAGAUAAACUGAAGGAAUUGUUCUCGAAGCAUGGAGAAGUCCUCAGUGUCAAACGUGGUCCAAUCAUUGUAACUGAACUGACCACAACUCCGACAUUAUCGGCAAUAGUCGAAUUCAAAAACAAAGAGUCUCUGGACAAGGCGUUGGAGGAGGACGGCACAGUGUUGGAGGGCGUGGCGAUCGCGGUGGCGGUGGAGUCGCGCGCGGAGACCGCCGUGCUGGUGGGCGUGCCGUACGAGGCGAGCACGGACUACGUGCGCCUGCUGUUCUCACAGUGCGGGGAGGUCGCGCACAUACACGAGUUCAGCAAGACCAAGUAUAAGAUAUUGCGGGUGACAUUCCACGCGAAGGAGGCUGUGGAGAAAGCUCUGAAACUUGACCGCGAGUUGCGCAUCAACGGGUUCAUGCUCACCGUCUCAAAGUAUCGCGACGACGACGAACAGAAAGCGCACAACGCCAACGCCAACAAGAACAAGCGGCCACAGCAACAGAAUCGCAACAACACCAACGCGAACGCAAACAACAGUCCCGCAAAUCGCACCAACACUUUCCGCCCGCGCGGUGGCGCUUUCAACGCGCGCGGAAACUUCCGAGGUGCGCGCGGCGGUCGCGGCGGGUUCGGCGGUCGCGGCGGCGCGUUCCCUCGCGGCGGCUUCGCGCCCGUCAACACGUACAUACCGCCACAGGGAUUCAUGGGCCGCCCGAGCUACCUGUAGUAGAACAUUACACAACUAUAAAACACAGGGCGGGUUCAUGAAUGACGGGCAACGACCGAACAAGCGGCUGCGGCAGAUGUAACCGUAUCGCAGUGUAAUAAGAUCAAAUAUCGUGCGUCGUCGUCUUAUGUUCAUUUGUGUGCGUGUGAAGAGCGUCCCAGAGACAACAGUGACAGUUCAGUAUCAGGAUAAAUCUAGCUAAUUGUAUUUACUAAGUACAUGAAAUAAAAUAAAAUAAUAUUGUAAGCUAUUGUCUUUUGACAGGUAAUAAAUGUAAUUACUAACAAUGGUUUGUUUUAUUUUUUAACUUUAAUUGUGUAGAUGGGGGUAAGACGAUAUACGUUAGUGUAUUUUAAUGAAAUAUGCU